UCCCUCUCUUCAUCUCCCAGGCUCUCUCUCUCUCUCUCUCUCUCAUGGCUCUCGCCACAUCGAAGCAACGACGCCCUCCCACCUCAUCUUCACCUUCUACGGAGAGCUACACCAAGGAGGACAAACCAGAGAAGAAAUUGGACGGUGGAGAGAAGACGGAUGACGGAUCCAUGAGCUGGAAGCUCCCGUUCUUCCCACUGGUAACCCUCCGAUACAUGAGCGCGACAUCCAACAUCAUACACAACUGCAAUGAGGUCUUCAAUUACUGGGAGCCACUACAUUUUCUCCUCUUCAAAUCCGGAUUCCAGACCUGGGAAUACAGAGUGAAAGUUGGACUGCUACCGUUUGUUGACAUAGUUGUCUUGGCUUCAGAAAACAACCUUCUUUAUGUAAGCUCUUCUUGCGAUGGGUUCUUAUAUUUGCUGGUCUUAUAGAACUAUGUUGUAUUG